AUGCAGGAGGAACCCCUCUGCUGGGAACAGAGUCUUCUGGUUCCAGUCAAGGACAUCAUUGAUGAAACAGGUGGCUAUGACCUCUUUUCAAUCCUCCGACUAUGGGUCCCAGUCUCAUACGCUGUCCUCGAGUUCGAAGCCGAGAUCAGCCAGUGUUGGCUCAAAAAGUCGGUAGCACAACGCAAGGCCAUAUUGCUCGCUGCUGAUUCGACAUUGCCUCCCAAGCAUCGCCCUGACAUCGAUCGCCCGGUUCUCAAUAGCUGUCCACAUCAAAGACACUCAUACACGCUGGGUCACUAUGCCCAUCCUCACCUCAAUCUCCAAGAUCUCAGCACCCCAAACGCCCUGCUCAUCCUUCUCAACGCCCGCGGUCGUCAUCUGCCGUGGGAUUUCGCUCUCCUCGACUAUGAGAUGGCACCCCUCAUACAUCUGCGCCCAGCCAUUCUCGAGAAGACAAAGUAUACAGUGGGUCUUUCCAUAGACAACUACGGCGAAAUCUUGGAAUGGGACACUGAGGAGGCGGCUUCUGAAUCCAUGAGUAGAGGCAAAACAGUCCACCCCCUCAUUGCUUUGCAUAUCUCAUCGAUACAAGCUCGCAUGUACCAGUUCCUCUUUAGAUGCAUCUUGGCAAUCUUGCCUACAAGGAAGCGCGACAUCUUUCAUGCUAUGAACAUCCCUGAUUCUCUCCCCUUGGUAUGUGACAACCAGGACUUCACUUCACUCAACAACAUCGUAAGAGAAGCUUGUUAUCGAGUACCUACGCUAGCCGAUAUUGCAAGACUCGAGGCUCUUGUUUCUGCGUGCAAAGAUGCAGCCGAAGAUCAUUUUUGGCUACUGCGAGAAGACCCGGGGUAUUUUCGGGAUUUCACGCUUGAGCAACGCGAGCACCGGCCUGAGCUUCUUCGUUGCGCUACGUGUAACCGAGCUCAUAAGAAUGCCGACGACGACUUCCUUUUGCCCCGUGUGUUGCACAGCGUCGUUGCUGAUUGCUACAUCGAUCUCUUCAUGUGGAAUCAAGUGCACGUGCGCAUUUCCAAUCUUCACCGACUGUCGCUACAACACAAGGACAAGCUCUUGUUUGGAAAAAUCGGAUUCCAAGAAGAAAUACCUCGCGACUUUUUCGAGGCGCUGGUCGAGACGUGGUUCUUCUUGGAGACUUUCCAGUUGGAGGUGAUACAUGAACUGAAAUCAGCUUGGGCGUCGUCUCCCUAUAUCCGCUCAUAUCAUUCGCAGGACUGCAGCGGCGAUGAUGGAGAUCUUGUCGUUCGCAUCAAAAGAGUCAACAAGUCCAGUCGCAAGCGAGACAAGGAGUUGGAGCACAUCCUCAAGCUCUUCCAAUACCUUUUGGAGCCGCCAGUGAGACAGUCACUCAAAACGUACACCUUGGUCCAAACACUUGAGCAAGUCCUGCAAACCAGCGACCGAGCCAGCAGUCUCACCUCCCCAUUGACGGCGGCUCUUUUAUCAAAGCUUUCCAUCGUUACCGAGUGCCAUCGCCAGCUCAGCUUCUUCCUCCCAUGGGCCAAGCAAAUCCAGUAUGCAGUCAAGCAGCGACAGACAGAACUACUCAUAGCCUAUGCCACGAACCUAGCCCAGUGGCACGCGACUCUCCAGGCCAGCUUCCACAACACCAACCUCAGCGAGCUUGGAAAACCAGGUUCAAAGUUCCGAUACCCCGUCAGAAAGCGGCGCAGCAAGGCCAACGUGCAGACUCUCCGCGCCGCAGAGGCCGCUCUCGACGCCUUUUGGGUUGCGGCAGAUGCCCGAUUCCGAGAGUGCACCGGCACAACGCCGCACGACAUGGUCUCUGAUAUCCUCACCAAGCGCACGCUACAGCGCACACCGCCGUGGGCCGAGCCGGAAAAGGAGUCGGAGCCGAGCACGCCACCACUCGAAUACCUCUACAUCCCGCUGUCCAACCACGUGCAUGAUCCCGCCACGCAAAUCACAGGUCCAUUCGACCGACUGCGUGUAAGCGGGCCCAAGAAGCCAAAUGCAACCAAAGACCACGCUACUACACUAACUACAGAAGAAGAACAACAACAACAACAACAACAGCACCACAUCUUCCACCUAACCCCCCGAACCCACAAGGUCUUCCGCACCCUCUUCCACUCGCCCCUCUCACCGCACCACGCCGGCGACCUCCCCUGGCACGAGUUCCUGCACGCCAUGGUAGCCGUGGGCUUCUCAGCACAGAAACUGCAGGGCUCGGCGUGGCAGUUUACACCUAGACACGGUGACAUUGUGCAUGUACAGCAUCAGCUUCGCCCGAUCCAGUUCCACGAACCGCAUCCGACGAGGAGGCUGCCGUUUACGUGGGCGCGCAGGUUUGGGAGGCGCUUGGCGGGCGUGUAUGGGUGGAGGGGGGAUAUGUUUGUUGUUGGGUAG